AUGGCUGAUCGGAUCCUGGUUCCACAUCCUGAAGCCUGUGCCAGAAUUGUUGAAAAUAAGCGGGUAAAAGACAACAACUUGUUACGUAAUUCGAAUAAAACGAAGAUUCGACAAUGUGGUGUAAGUGCAAACAUCAGAUUUGUAGUGCCUAACCUCAAAAUUGUGGGAGGACGUCCCGCUGCCAGGGGGCGUUGGCCUUGGCAAGUCGCUAUUUUUAAUGAAAAACAGGACGUGUAUUGCGGAGGAACUCUAAUUGCACCGAAGUGGGUCCUGACUGCAGCUCAUUGCUUUCGAACAACAAUGUACGUGAGGAUAGGAGAGCAUGAUUUGAACCACUAUGAAGGAACCGAGACUGAUAUAAAGGUGUCCAAAGUUGUGGUUCACCCCAGUUAUAAUCGAAAAACUGUGGACGCAGACAUCGCCUUGCUGUUGCUGUCCCGCUCAGUGGGAGCCGAAAGCAAGGGCAGUCAGACAUCGGUGCUAGGGAUAGCAUGCUUGCCUCAUCACAGACAGCAGGUGCCCGUGAAACAACUCUGUGUGACUACCGGCUGGGGGAAGAGUGACUUCGACGAUCUUCAUGGUACAGAUGUUUUGCAUGAAGUCCAAGUUUCAAUACUGUCGAGCGAGAUGUGUCAGAAUGUUCACCUGCACUACCUCAUCACAGACAACAUGUUCUGCGCCGGCAACAAGAGAAGACCUGCAGACUCAUGCACAGGAGACUCGGGAGGACCGCUUCUGUGCAAGAACCGCCAAGGUCGCUGGACAGUGUUUGGCAUCACUAGCUUUGGUGACGGCUGUGGGACACGUGGCAAGUUUGGCAUCUACGUAAAAGUGGCUAAAUUCGCCAAGUGGAUACACUCUAUCAUGUCUAGAUAUGGGUGA